AAAUGCUGAAACUUCCCUCUUCUCUUCCUCUCCAUCUCCAUCUCCCAACCACCGUUCUGCCUCACGGUGGCGCUUUAUUCUCCCGGCGGAUCGCCUCACCGGUUGCAGACGGUGUCGUGAUUCCCUCCCCCCCCCACUAGCCUCAUCAUCAUCUCUACACUAAAAGAUGGGGCAGAGCAUGAGCUGCGGAGUUAGACCGGAGCACCACGGGAUAUUCGCCUCCGUUCAGUGCGGCGACAUCGUCACCGUGCGGAGAGCGAUGAUGACAGAUCCGAGUCUUUUGAAUCAGGCCACUCCUUACGAUCGCCACUCCGUUCUCCACGUCGCUGCCGCUAGCGGCCAGAUCGAGAUUUUGUCUUUGCUGUUGGAGAGAUUCACGAAUCCGGAUACGUUGAAUCGUCACAAGCAGACUCCGUUGAUGUUGGCUGCGAUGUAUGGGAGGAUCUCUUGCGUUAAGAAGCUCGCUCAAGUUGGAGCUAAUGUUUUGAUGUUUGAUUCGGUGAAUCGAAGAACGUGUUUGCAUUACGCAGCUUACUAUGGACAUGCUGAUUGUGUUCAAGCCAUCCUCUCUGCUGCUCAGUCAAGUCCCGUUGCUGUUCAUUGGGGAUUUGCGCGGUUUGUGAAUAUUAGAGAUGACAAAGGAGCGACGCCGUUGCAUCUUGCUGCUAGGCAGAGACGUCCUGAGUGUGUAAAUGUUCUCUUGGACAGUGGCUCUCUUGUUUGUGCUUCCACUAGCCUCUACGGGUCUCCAGGGAGCACACCGCUUCAUUUGGCGGCAAGAAGCGGAUCUAUCGAUUGCGUCAGGAAGUUACUUGCUUGGGGUGCUGAUCGUCUUCAGAGAGACGCUUCUGGGAGGAUACCAUAUGUGGUUGCCAUGAAACAUAAGCACGGAGCAUGUGGAGCGUUGCUUAACCCCUCUUCUGCAGAGCCUCUGGUCUGGCCAUCCCCGUUAAAGUUCAUCAGCGAGCUCAACGAGGAGGCCAAACUGCUCUUGGAGCAGGCUCUGAUGGACGCUAACAGGGAGAGGGAGAAAACCAUCCUCAAGGGAACUGCUUUCUCCUUGCCAUCACCAUCUUACUCCGACAAUGCCUCAGAUGAUAACAUGUCUGAGAUGAGUGAUUCGGAGAUGUGCUGCAUUUGCUUUGAGCAAGCGUGCACGAUUGAAGUCAAAGACUGUGGUCACCAAAUGUGCGCACAAUGCACUCUUGCACUGUGCUGUCACAACAAACCGAACCCAACGACUUCAACCGUGACUCCACCGGUAUGCCCGUUCUGUAGAAGUGUCAUCUCACGGUUAGUAAUCGCCCAGAACAACAACAACAACAACGACAAUAGCAAGAGUCAAGACGAAGUUGUUGAUCGCGAGGCAGGUGAUGUCAGCUCUUCAAAACUCAGAAAGCAUAGAAAAUCGAUGAACCUUGGAGAAGAAAGCAGCAGUUUCAUGGGACUAUCAAGCAUUGGAUCGUUCGGGAAGAUAACCGGCCGUGGCUCGGGAAGGAUCGCAGCCGACAACGAGCUGAUGGACAAACCGAUACUAUGAGGAAGGGGUGAGAAUGUAUAAAAGAUAGAUCUGUUGUUGUGGUGGGAGAUUGAAAUAAGGAAAGAAGUGAGUUUGUGUAAUGAAAUCAAUGAUUUGUUGUUUCUUUUGAUCAAUUUUAAAAUGGUUUGUCGUUAUUUGGUUACUUGUUGAUAUGAAAAGAGAACCUUUAUCAUC